CGUUUCAUAACGUUGGAGUCGAGUUUAGACACUCCCACAGCUUUAUAGAUAUUUAACUCCUUCAAAUUCAGACAGUCUAGUUUUAAAAUAUGUUAUAUAGACCUGAACUCAGACUGAAGCUUUGAUAAAACAACUCAGAGUCUCAGCGUGUGCAUAGCUGGAGUACGAAAACAGAGCUCUCUCUAUUUCUGGACAUGUGCAGUAGAAGUCCCUUCAUACAAGUGAACAAACUACAGGCUUUCUGUAAUAUCUUACAUCGAUCCUUCUGCACAAAUGGCCACUAAUAGACAAAGUUUUAUUCCUCUCAGCACAAUCAGUCCUAAAUUUCUACAUUCUAAUUCCACAAGUCACACUUGGCCCUUUAGUGCCAUUGCUGAAUUGAUUGAUAAUGCAUAUGACCCGGAUGUUCACGCGAGACAGAUUUGGAUAGACUGGACACGCAUCAAAGGCCUAGACUGUCUCUCUUUUACAGAUAAUGGGGUGGGGUUGACCAGAGCUAAACUACAUAAGAUGCUCAGGCUGGAACUUGGACCAACAUGGUUGAAUUGCAUAUUGAGCUUUGGAUUCAGUGAGAAGAAAGCAGUUAGAGGUCACAUUCCAGUCGGCGUUUACGGUAACGGGUUCAAAUCAGGUUCCAUGCGUCUGGGAAAAGAUGCCAUCGUUUUCACCAAGACCAGAGACACAAUGAGUGUGGGUCUCCUCUCCCAGUCUUACCUUGAAGCCAUCGGAGCCCAGCGAGUCAUGGUGCCCAUCAUCACGUUUAGACGUGACGGACAUAACCAUGUGGAGGAUGGAGCCAGUCUGAGAGCGAUCCUCAAGCAUUCACUCUUUAGCUCGGAAAAAGAGCUGUUCACAGAGCUCCGAGCCAUCAGCGCCACCGGCCCCACAGGAACACGGAUCAUCAUAUGGAAUCUGCGCACGUCCACAAAUGGUGAUACCGAAUUUGACUUUGACACCGAUAAAUACGACAUACAGAUCAGAGCAAACUUCAUCAAUGGGAGGGGUAACAGCAGUCUCAUCAUGAUCCCGGAGAGUGAAUACUCAUUACGGGCAUACUGUAGCAUUUUAUACCUAAAGCCUCGCAUGCAAAUUAUUGUUCGUGGGCAGCGAGUUAAAACCCAACUGAUAUGCAAAAGUCUGGCUCUUAUCGCCCAAGACAACUACAGACCAUCAUUCCUUAACAAGCGGGUACGCAUCACCUUUGGCUACAACACCAGAAGCAAAGAGCAUUAUGGGAUUAUGAUGUACCAUAAGAACAGGCUAAUAAAAUCAUAUGUGAAAGUGAGCUGCCAAAGUAAGACCGAAAGGAAAGGUGUAGGAGUCAUUGGCGUUAUUGAGUGUAAUUUUCUCCAACCCACUCACAAUAAGCAGGACUUUGAUGACACUGAUAAAUACAGGAAGACGAUGCACAAUCUCAGUAUUAAGCUGGAGGAGUACUGGAACGAAAUCCGCUACAAGCGAAAGAAAGAGGAUCCAAAAGGCACAGUGGCAAUAGAAGAUGUGUUGAAAGUUCCAGAUCAGGUGUGGGUUCAGUGUGACAGCUGCUUAAAGUGGAGAAGACUUCCAGAUGGCAUCCCUGCACUGCCAGAGAAAUGGUUCUGCCACAUGAACCAUGAUCCACAGUUCAGGAGCUGUUUAGUAGAGGAAGAACUAGAGGAUGAAGAGGAGGACCAGAAGCCGUACCCUAAACCAUUUAAACGCCAGCGGAGAAACUGUCUGUCAGAAGAGAAUGAACCAGAGAAAACACAGACUGAGGACUUUCAGGCAGAGCUAACAACCAGUCAGGCACAACUCACCCUGUCCAGACAGCCACCAGACAUUGGCCAAUCUGAAUCAAACCGGUCACUAGCGGAGAGGUCACCACUGCCCCUCAUCAACCUGACCGCUAUCUCCAACUCUCUUAGAAGAGCAAAACAACGGUCAUCUUCCAUUGAAACCCAGACCGAGGUGUCGUCAAUCUCUUCUGCCCCCCUUCCAAGCCCAAAACAAGAGCUCUCGUCUCAGGCACACCGCAGGCCUGCUUUGAAAGAGGAGAGAAAGACUCAAUCCGACACACUUGUGAGCAAAGCUGAGAGCGGCGUGAUGAAAGGAUUCGAGUCGCAUCAGGGGCCCGCCGCUACGGAGGAGAUGUGCGAAGGAGAUGCAUCAUUCAGGACGGGAGAGGAAUACAGCUCGGCUGUGGAGGAGAUAAUUGCAUCGCCUCUGAAAAAUGAGAAGAGAGGAGUAUUGCAUGACGAGAUGGAGGACGAGGAUGAGGAAUGGAGCUUGGCAGAGGCGCAACGGUGGCAAGAUGAGCCGAUGGAACUGAUGCAGAAGGCAGUGGAAGAAAGAGAUGCCUGUCGGGAGGAACUGGAAGUGCUUCGAGAGCACGGUGCCGCUCUAGAGGCCGAAAGGAAACAGCUCAUCAGCAGGCUGGAGAUGGUAGAAGCAGAGAAGCUCAGUCUUUCAGCCUUAUGUGAUCAGCUCAAGAGUGAACUAUCAGCGCUCGCGGUGGAAAAAGAUGAGCAGUCGACACUGCAGAGACUACGUGUAAACCUGAGCCGCCUGCUGGUGUCUUUCAUCCCCUCACUUCAUCUAGAAACUGUGGACUACAACAGUGAUGUCAUCGAUCAGAUGCUUAUUCAAGUUCUAGAAAACAUUAAUUAGAAAAUUGUUGCUGAUCAUCAGAACAGUGAGAGUCACGAUGGGAAAAAAGUGUGAAGGCAGCUUUGCAGCGAGUAGGCGUGGUUUCAGCACUUAAGUCCAAUUUAUAGUCGUGCGUAAGGCUUGCACCGUAGCUACGCUGUAGGUUAUCCGUAGCCUCUGCGUAGCCUGACGUGCACCUCGCCAAAUUUUUAACAGCGCGUCAGUUCUAUGCGGAUCGCAAGCGCUGUGAUUGGUUCACUAGAACCCCUCCCGUCAGGUAAAAAAAACGUGUCAUAGGUAUUUCCGUUUGCAACAGUGAGAACAAAGAGGGGCCAAGUUGAGGAGUAAUUUAGCUGAAACUUUAACAAAAGUCGCUGUUUAUUUACUUCCAUCAAUGCUGGUCAUCUCAAAACAUACACAACAAGUUGCUGUUUCUUAUUCAUUUGUGGGUUAAACUUGCCAAGCUGAUUCUUCAUUGACGGUUGCGCUGCUACUGUGGUUACACGCGUGGAUACUGCCUACCAGCGGUCUGCAUGUGUGUUUGCAGGUCGACGACGCAGAAGUAUAAAUGAAAAGCCGUAGGUUGAACGCACAACUAUAAAGCUUUGUUUAUAGUUGCGCUUUGGUCAGCAACGCGAACCUCCGCUGACCGCGUGUGCGUCUCAACAUAUGUAAAACAUUUGUGUUUUAAAUGGUAAGGUUUACAUACUUUACUUGAGAGUGUCAGAUAAAUACUAAAUGCAUUGUUGUUCAUGAAUUGAUCAAAGAGAUACGUCACAGGCUUGCCUGUUCGACCAGAAUCGCCUCGAGGUCGGUCAUUUUCGGAUGCGGAGCCGCGCGUGCAGUUACAAAAAUUGCCGUGCACACCUCCACGCGAAAUGGGCUCUCGCGCAUUCAACGUGCAUGACCGCCCACUCCGCGUUGACGUCAUUUUUGCAGCACGCACCAACGCGCUCAUGCGGACACGUCGAGUAUAAACAUAGCUUUACGGCGGACAUGCCCCCAGCACUUGAGAGAAGAGAAUGCUGCUUAUUUUACCCAAAUUUUUAAACUCAAAACCUAUUUUUUUUACUCUGUUUUUUUGUCAUUCAAAUUUGGCUGGGUGGUUAAAGGAAUAGUCUACUCAUUUUCAAUAUUAAAAUAUGUUAUUACCUUAACUAAGAAUUGUUGAUACAUCCCUCUAUCAUCUGUGUGCGUGCACGUAAGCGCUGGAGCGCGCUGCGACGCUUCGAUAGCAUUUAGCUUAGCCCCAUUCAUUCAAUGGUACCAAUCAGAGAUAAAGUUAGAAGUGACCAAACACAUCAACGUUUUUCCUAUUUAAGACGAGUAGUUAUACGAGCAAGUUUGGUGGUACAAAAUAAAACGUAGCGCUUUUCUAAGCGGAUUUAAAAGAGGAACUAUAUUUUAUGGCGUAAUAGCACUUUUGGGAGUACCUCGACUCGCCUGAAAAGUCCGCUCCCCUUCUCCCUCUCAUAAUGGGAGAGGGAGAGUGUUACUGCGCCGAGUCGAAGUACUCCCAAAAGUGCUAUUACGCCAUAAAAUAUAGUUCCUCUUUUAAAUCCGCUUAGAAAAGCGCUACGUUUUAUUUUGUACAACCAAACUUGCUCGUAUAACUACUCGUCUUAAAUAGGAAAAACGUUGAUGUGUUUGGUCACUUCUAACUUUAUCUCUGAUUGGUACCAUUGAAUGAAUGGGGCUAAGCUAAAUGCUAUCGAAGUGUCGCAGCGCGCUCCAGCGCUUACGUGCACACACACAGAUGAUAGAGGGAUGUAUCAACAAUUCUUAGUUAAGGUAAUAACAUAUUUUAAUAUUGAAAAUGAGUAGACUAUUCCUUUAAUAACACAUUUUUCUGUGGUGUGACAAACUCAGAACACAUAUUUAAUAUCACUUUACACAGACUUUAACAUUUUUGGGUUUUGUUGAUGAAGUAUGAUUGUACCGAUUUCCCACUGUUUUCUUUUUGUUUUAUAAUGCGGUGACAUUCAUACAUUUUUGUGUUUAAUUGUUGAAAUACGUUUUGGAGUUGCUGUAUCUUUUAUUGGAGUGAAGUUUUAUUAUUGUUCUUGCUCCAAUUGUGAAAUGAUUCGAUUUUCUGAUCUCAAGGAUAAAAUUUUAUUUAAUGACAUUGCCACUUUAACAGUUUAGGAUCGAAGUGUUGAAUCACAAAACCAGACUUUAAUUUAACAUAGAUUUAAUAAAGCACCCCAACAAGCAUUUAAAUAA